AUGAGUUCUACUCCUCAAAUAUUUUGUCAGUUUCGCAAGACGAAGGACGUUUCUAAAAACACGGACUGCACUUUAUUCUUAUUGUUUCCAACCAUCGAAGUCCGUGUGAAAGAUAAAGUGAAGUUAGUGAUUAACACGACUGAGUCUGUGUUAGACCGGAAUGGAGAAUUAGUGAACGUUAAUGUUUCAGAAAAUACACAAGAGCACGCAUUCCAGAUUAACACAGAGAAGGAAAAGGUCGUCUUUUCAUUCCAAGACGCCGAGGAGUUUGUCACUGCGUUGAUUCAAAUUGGUCUCAAAAUGGACUUUGUAGGGACGUAUGGGUAUCCAUUACGUCUUGCCAUAUUAAAGAGUGGGUGGCGCUAUCCAAUCCCCAUUUUUAGGACUAUUCAGUACUUGAAAUAUAACAAGGCGCACUUGGAAGUCGGCAUUUUCAGACUCUCUAGUGAGAAGGAAAAGAUCGAGAAGUUCCAUCAGAUAUUAAACGACGACAAAGACAGCGCUAAAAUUGAUUUCGAAGACGUGUAUGUGGCUUCUAAUGUCUUAAAAGACUAUUUUAGAUCAUUGGACGAGCCAGUCAUACCUUUUAAGUUUUAUAAUCAAUUCAAAAAGUGCGGGGAGAUAGUCAAUGAGAAGGAGAAGUGUGUUAAUGAGAUCAAAAAGGUCAUUUUUCAACUUCCUAUCAUUAAUCAAAACUGUUUGUGGUAUUUGAUGGAAUACCUCAAUAUCGUCGUCUUGAACUCAAAAGUGAAUAAGAUGACACCUAAUAACUUGGCAAGAAUAUUCGUCCAGAACAUAUUAAAACCAAGCAAAAUAGACCAAUUACAAUACGUGAGUGACUUGAAUUACUUGACAGACGCAGUCGAGGCAAUGAUCGUUAAUUUCAAAAAUGUGUUUAAGGAUAUUAAAGAAGAAAUUGAUAGGAAAUAA